AUGCUCUCCUCAAUGGUUCAAGAUUUGCUCAAACAAAUGGGAGGUAAAGGCUCAUUCAUUUUCGUCAAACGCUUCAGCGACGUCAAGCCUGUGUUUCACAUUCGGUCAGCCAGAGAGAUCAUCGCUGGGCAUUUCCAUACCAUACCCGAUGCACCUGUGAGGAUGGCUUCUGAGACCAUCCAUUCGAAACCUUUGUUGCUCCAAGCCGCCAAUGAUGUCUCCAUCAGUAUCGUCUUUGUGAAAUGCGAGCCUUUGGCCACAUACCUCGUAGAAGAGGCAACAAAAGUCGACCAUUUGCCUUACGAUUCUGACAGUGGAAUCAUAAUGGAGCUCCUAAUGCGCGCCUCUGGGGCUACCUGA